UCGGGGAUUGGACUCCUCCGGAAGGGACUUGGGAUCCUUGCCUUUUGAGCUGAACCGGACCUUAGAGAUUAUCUAGCUGAGGUCUCUCAUUUUACAGAUGAGGAAACUGAAGCCCAAGGGGAAGUGAUUGGCCCCAAGGUUACAGCAGCAGAGAGAGGAAAACCGCUCUCCUUCCCUUCUCCUCACAGCCGUUCCCUCUCCGGACUUGCAUUGGGGGAUUCUCCAAGCCCCCCUCCCAUGGGCCAGACUGCCCUGGCAAGGGGCAGUGGGACCAGUAGUACCCCCUCCCCGGCCACCUCGAACCAAGAUCUGUCUUUCCCAGAGGGACUAGAGGAGCUGCUGUCAGCACCCCCCGUAGACCUGAGUGUGCAACAGCAUCAUGGCUGGAAUCCCAAGGACUGCUCAGAGAACAUUGAGGUCAAGGAAGAGGGGCUGAGCUUUGAGCGGAGGCCUGUGGCUCAGAGCACGGAUGGAGCUCGGGGCAAGAGAGGCUACUCUAGGGGCCUGCACGCCUGGGAGAUUGCUUGGCCCCCCGAGCAGCGGGGCACCCACGCCGUGGUGGGGGUGGCUACAGCCCAGGCCCCACUGCAAGCGGACUGUUAUGCAUCAUUGCUGGGUAGCAACGGGGAGUCGUGGGGCUGGGACAUUGGGCGGGGGAACCUCUAUCACCAAAAUAAGGGAAUCGGGGCUCCUAGAUACCCCACAGGGCUCGGGGAGGAGCGUCUGGAAGUACCCGAGAGACUGCUGGUGGUUUUGGAUAUGGAGGAAGGCACUCUGGGGUAUGCCAUUGGAGGUACCUACCUGGGGCCUGCCUUCCGGGGUCUUAAAGGAAGGACCCUCUACCCUGCUGUCAGUGCUGUAUGGGGGCAGUGCCAGGUCCGAAUCCGCUACCUGGGUGAGAGGAGAGCGGAACCUCACUCCCUUCUCCACCUGAGCCGCCUGUGUAUUCGGGACAUUCUGGGGGAAGGCCGGCUGGGGGAAGUUUCUGCUCUACCCUUGCCCCCUGCCAUGAAACGGUACCUGCUCUACCAGUCACCCCACCUGCUGCAGACUUGACAGGACCAGGGGCCCAGACCCACCCAGUGCCUCAGCCAAAGCUUUGCCUAGGGCCAGUUUUUCUUUAAAUGAUAAAAAGAAUAUUGCUAUAGCUUAGUUGUAGUUUCUAACUGCAGACUAGGCUUUGCCUGAUGGGCAGAGAUCUCAGUGGAUGAUGCUGUGUUCCCCAGAUCUGGGGCUGGUUCAGAGUAAGGCACUGGCACAAGGUUGGCAUCCUGGCCUUGUCAUCACCCACCUCCCACCCCUCAGCUCCACCCCAAUCCUUUACUGACUGAAGGGUAAGAUUCUUGCUUCAGUCUGAGAAACAGGAAGUAAAGGGAAGAGGAGGAGGGUUGUCAGCCACCCACCCCUUUCAGGGAUAGAGAACACACCAAGUCACACCCUUUCCAUUUCCAACCCAGCCAAUAAAAAAAUC